CAAAAACUCUCAUGUUGCCACCAUGUUUUUAGUGGCCAUGCAACAAAAUACACACUUGGAAAUUGUGGAUCAUAAGUUCCUUAUUAGUGGACACACUCACCUAGAGUGUGAUGUGGACCAUGGACUCAUUGAAAAGCAAAAGAAGAAGUUGCAAGUGCCUAUCUCCCACCCCUAUGAUUGGUACCAGCUAGUUCGUUCAGUUGGGAAAAAAAAGAAAUUUGAAGUUAUCGAGCUCAAUCAUUCGGAUUUCCUUAAUUUUGCAGAUCUGUUAAAAAAGAGUUUGCAACUUCGAAAAAAGGAUGUGGAAGGAAAUCAAUUCAACUGGCAUUCCGUAAAGUGGUUUCGUUAUACACGCGAAUCUGGAAAAAUACUUUACAAAACCACUUUGGACAACGAUGAGCCUUUUCACACCUUAUGCCUUAAUCGUCGAGGACAACCAGAUUCACGUUUGCACCCAGAACGCCUCUACAAAUCUUCCUUACCCAUUUCAAAAGAGAAGAAAAAAGAUAUUUUAGAUCUUCUUCCUCUUAUUUCACCAACAUUUCACGAUUUUUAUAGAAACCUUAAAAGUAGUGACAUGCCUGAUACUUACCCUGAUUCAGAAGAUGAUGACCUGAGCGACCAACUGCAACAGAUAUGAAAUGUGGGCAUCAAUAUUUUUUCCGAGUUUUUUUCUUAUUAUUCUCGAGCGAUUUUAUGUUCCUCAUAGGUUUGUGGAUUUUGUUUUGUUUGGUUAAAAAAAGUAUGGUUAAAAAAAGUUACAUUUUUCAUUUGCUCCAAUUAGGAUAAGUCAUGUUUUCCGUUCUAUGAUAACGUUGAGUUAAUCUGUUCCUCUUGUAUAAUAUCUUAACUAAUUAACUAUUUUGUUAAUGCAGUAACAACGUUAACUAUUGAUUUCCUUAAAAUCGCAUAUAAAUAAAUUUGAUUUCUGAAAAAUCAACUUUUUUGACUUAUACCCUUUUUCCCUGGCACCCUAGAUAUAA